AUGGGAAACUUGAAAGAAAAAGUAGACAAGAAGCAGAAGAAGAAGAGCAAGAAGCCUAAUAAUAGCGACUUCAGUGAAAAGGAUGUAAUGAUAAAGAAAGAGGAUGAAAGGAAUAAAGCGACCAGGCCUGCUGAGAAGAAGAAGAGGAAAAGGGAGAAGGGAAGUAGCAUUGAUGGUGGUGAUGCUAUUCAGAUCAUUAGAGAAGAUGAUGUAACUAAGGCAGAAGGGGAAAAGAAAAGGAACAAACUGAGGAAAAAGAAAAAAGAAGGGAGGAGCAAAAUAAUGUUCUGUGCAUACAUAGGUAAAUCCAAGAAAUCUAAGAAAAAGAAAAAGGAGCAUGAGACAUCAAAGGAGGAUGAGAUUAUACUGGAAAAGAGGGGAGAGACCAAUCAGGAUGAGGCUUAUUGUAUUUCUUCUGGGGAUGAGGACUGCUCAAAAGGAAUGAAGAAGUGGCUUACAGAUUACCAUCAAAGUAGACCAGGUUUGAAGGUGCUGCAACAAAGAUUAGAUGAGUUCAUAGUUUCCCAUGAGGAAAAACUUGAACAGGAAAGAAAAGAAAGAGAAGCCCAAGCUGCAGAAGGAGGAUGGACAGUUGUUAAACAUCACAAAGGAAGGAAAAAGACCACAGAUUCUGAAAGUGGAAUUACUGUGGGCUCUGUUGCUCCAGCUGCUGUGGAGAAUCAGAUGACCAAGAAAAAGCCCAAGGAAGUUGGGCUAGAAUUCUAUCGGUUUCAGAAAAGAGAAGCUCAGAGGAGUGAAAUUAUGGCUCUUCGAAGCAAAUUUGAGGAGGAUAGAAAGCGCAUUCAGCAAUUGAGAGCUGCUAGGAAGUUUCGACCUUACUGA